UGUUAAUGUCUAAUACGCUGGAAACUACAAUGCAUUUUGACAACUUUAACGAUUGACAAGCCACGACAAUCAGCAACAAAAUUACAGCACAAUAACAAUGCAGGCUACAGAAGGAGAGAAAUUUGUGCUUCAUGACUGAAGAAGGAUGAAAUAUUUCGUCCUCGCUCUUUUUCAGGCCGUACAGGUUUAUUUUGUGCUGAGUUCCCGGACUAAGUUGCGUGCUCCAGUCAAUCUGUCUAUGAAGUCCGUGAACUUCCAUCAUGUGCUGUGUUGGACGCCUGGCAGUGGCACUCCAGCAGGGGCACAGUACCAGAUCAUCAACCGGGUGAAAAAGAAGAACACACUGGCAGUGCAAGGCAUCAACAAAACCUGUUCUCAGCUGGAGCUGAACCCAGUGGUGACACACAAUCUCUCUGUGAGGGCGUCAUACAACCAUUCUACCUCUCCGAAGUCCAAACCCAUCACCUUCACACCUUUCACAGACACCAUUAUAGGGCCUCCGAAGCUAUCAGUGGCUGGAUGUGGCAACUGUAUUCAAAUCAACAUUACAAUGCCUGAGAUGGACAAAACAGCAAAUAUAAGUAACCUCCAGUUCUUCAACAAUCCCUCUUUUAAAAUCUCCUGGAAAACUGCCGAAGGAAAACAGGUGGCAUCUGCAAACACCAAAGAUAAGAAUUAUACAAUCAGAAACUUAGUCACUGGCACGGAAUAUUGUUUACAAGUGGAUGUCAUGAUUAAUACCAAUAGGAACUGUAAGCCAUCAAAUUGGACGUGCACCUUUACCAGCAUUGUUGAACCAAGCAGAGUCCCUGUUGUUUUAGGUGCUGUGUCUACCCUUCUGAUAGUUGGUGGAGUUGUCUUAAUGACCCUCAUGGUUUGUCUGGCCUACACCGGUUUCAUAUGUAAAGUCACAAACCAACCCAGGGCACUACUUGUGGCUCUGGGCCAAGGUUACAUCCUCACACCAGAGAGGACAAUUCCUGACCUGGCCUCUGUCAGCUCAGAUGCCGACGGACAGUCGAAGAGCCAUAAUCACAGAAAUCUACAGCCUGCCUCUGGGGGCCGAAAGGGAGAGGAGGAGGAGGAUGAAGAUGAGGAGGAAGAAGUAGAGAGGAACCAUGCCUACAUGGACAGAGAAGCAGAGCUCUCUUCAGACGAUAGCUCCUGCAAAAACACAUCCAAAGCCUCAGGGGCAAGUGAGCCCAACGGGUUGGGGGAUUCUGGGAGAUUUAGCACCAGGUCAUCAGCUGAGGUGGAGGAAGUGGAUGGAGAGACUGAGAUGGUGCACGGGGAGCAAAAUCAGGUCAGCACCAAAGCUGACAGAGUUGAGGUAUCUUUCAUGGUUGAUGGGGAUCAAGCUGGAAGUCAGGGACUUGACAUGGGUGGGAGAGAGGAGGAGGAGGAGGAGGAGGAGGAGGAGGAGGAGGAGGAGGAGAACGACAAAUUGGGUAAUAUUAAUCUGUUCUCAAUCACCCUGGGGUCCCUGGAGAGGAAUGAAGAGGAGGAGGAGAGCAUAAGAGACUCUCUAACAGACUUUUCAAAACCAUGUGACCAAGAACCUUUGCUUCCUGCAGGCCUGCAACUGACUUUAAGCAGCACAAAAGCACAAAGUCCAGUUCAGUUGGAUGAUCAAGCCCCACUGGCAUUAAUGCAGCCUCCACAAGCAGAAUUUAGAAAGACUGGAUAUGAGAGCAGACACGCAGACAGUAGAGACACAUUCUGUAACUACCUCGCAAAUUGUGGGGGUGAGGUGCAGCCUAAAGAGGAGGAGGAGAAGGAAGAGGAUGAGGAAGAAUUCUCAGGAUAUAUGGGACGCUGAUGAUAUGUUGCACUGACAUGUGUAUGUCUGAGUGUGUGAUAUGCGUGUUCGUCUGUGUGCAUGUGUGUGUGUAUGUGUGUGUGUGCAAUAUGCAUGCAUGAGUAUGGAGUUACUCAUCAAUCUGUUUCCACUUGUACAUUUCAUCUAACUAAAGGAAAAAUCCGCCCUGUUGAAAACAAGCACUGGUGGUGCACUUUGCAUUACUGCAUUCAUUUUGUUGUUCAGUGGUGUUUUUCUCUCACAGAUAACUGUCCAAAUAUAGGCAGCAUGGCACUGUGAUGCAGUUUGAUGGAAGAAAAUUCAACCACCCAAAACAUCAACAGUAAACAUCAGGUUUUGGUGGGCAAGAGCUGCUUUGUAGACUUACCAUUUUGCAUUGAGCUCAACAAUAAUACAGGGAGAAAGCUAAAAGAGGCAGAGAGAACAAUGUCCUCACUAAGAGCAGCCUCAACAGACAAGAAUGCAAUUCAGUCGCAAGAGUUGUAUCCUGUGUGAAAAGGGUGUAGCUGUGUUCCUGAACAUUCUGACAAACCAGAUGGGCAGUCGGCUUUGACCCACCAUUGAAAGCAACAUGUUCACACCCUUUCCUUAGGGGUUGUCAUAAAGCAUUCUGGAAAAUGUAGGGAAUCAGUAACCAUAGUAGACGUAAACAAGGCAGGUUGAGGGAAAAAAUAAAAUAACAGUACAUUACAAUGUAAGUGGAACUUGCAGAACCUCACAAAUGGACAAUAUCUAACAGUGUAAGAGUAUGAAAAAUGAGGGCGGAUUGUUCCUUUAAGCACCAUCCAAAACUGUGUCUGUAGUCUUGUCAAUUAAACUCUUAUACUUAAUGUAAAACACUGAUUGUUACAUACAUUCCUGUUAUAAUUGUUUAGGUGCAUGUGUCUAAGCAGUACCUGCAUCCUGCCAUUUGCCUGUGUUUUUGAAUGCAUGUUUAUGCCGUUGCCAUUAAUACAUUACCUCUUAUUGAGUGCUACCUUUUCUGUUGUGUGUGGACCACGGUGUGGACACUCAGGAUGACAUCAACAUUUCAACCUGUGUCUAUAGUUUUGAAAGGCUCUCUGCAAAUCUUAAGUUCAUCACUUAUGGCUAAAGUACAGGGCAGCGUAAAGGUGAAUAAAUACAGUAAAAGCAAAGAAUAUAUUGACUGAAUUUCCAUUCAAAUCAGAUGUGGACUCAUCAGGGGAAAUCGUGAGGAGGAACUAUUUCUCAAAAUCUUGACUAUGAGAAUCAGUACACCCACACUGAGAGGGCAGGUUUUCUUCAAGGAGUCACGUGAUUUCCCAUCAGCUGCCCUAACAGUGCUGCUUUCACUGGCAGUUGGAUUUGUUGAGCCACCGCGUAUGGGCAGCGCAUUAACGGUGCGACAAAACUCCAACUAAGUGAAAAGGGUUUUUUUUUUUUUAAUUAUUAUUACUAUUUCUAUUAUAGCCGAGUUCCCCAGGCGUGAUUUUUAGGGUAGGAGGUAAACCUUGCC